AUGAGGAACCAAACAGAUGUGCAUCAGUUCAUUCUCCUGGGUCUAACAAAUGACUGCAGACAGCAAUACAUUCUUUUCACAUUUUUCCUGCUGCUUUACAUAGCUUAUUUUCUGGGUAAUGGGGACAUUUUAGCAAUAGACUUCACUGAACCACGGCUCCACUCCCCCAUGUAUUUUUUUGCCCUAGGAAACCUCUCUUGUCUGGACAUAUGUUAUCCUACCGUUACUGUGCCAAUAAUGCUGGGUGGCUUCCUAAUGCAGCACCAGUCUAUUUCCUUCACAGGCUGCCUCACCCAGCUUCACUUCUUCCACUUCCUGGGGAUAAGAGAGGCUGUGCUUAUGGGUGUCAUGGCCUAUGAUCGCUAUGUAGCUAUAUGUAGUCCUCUGCAUUACAGUGUCAUCAUGAGUGAAUUGGCUUGCCUUAUGCUGGCUGGGGCUACCUGGACUGCUGGUUUUUUUCAUUCCCUGAUGCACACAGUGAUGACCUCCCAUCUAUGGUUCUGUGGCUCUCACCAUAUCCAGCACUUUUUCUGUGAUAUCAAGCCCCUGUUAACAUUGGCUUGCAAUAGCACUGCCCUCAACCUCACCCUUCUUAAUGUUCUCACGGGCUCUUUUGCUCUGAGUCCCUUCUUUUUCAUUCUUCUCUCCUACCUCUAUAUCAUUUCCUUCCUCAUCUUCAAAGUCCAAUCAUGGAAAAGUUGCUGGAAAGCCUUCUCCACCUGUGCCUCCCAUCUGACAGUUGUGGCUAUCUUCUUUAUCCCAUUUAUUUCCAACUACAUGUUUGCCUCUGCCAGAGUGAUGAUGAUGAUGAUGAUGAUGAUGUCUCUGUUAUAUACUGCAGUGACCCCAGUUUUAAACCCUCUGAUCUACAAUUUGAGGAAUCAAGAGGUAAAAUCUGCUAGGAGGAAAAUCCUAAAACAGAAACUCAUCUUUGGAAGGCAAUGA